AUGCUCCGGGCAGGAGCACACGUACUGGGUGCCCCUGCGUUCUUCCCCGUCGGCCGCUCCAACUUUAAGCGCAUCCGUGCGUCGGGCGCGUUCUACGUCGACCAUACGCGGUUUCUCGAGGUGUGGGAGCGCGUCGGUGAGGACGGGUACACGACGCUGCUCCGGCCGCCGCGGUUCGGGAAGACUCUGAUGCUGGACAUGAUGGCUGCGUACUACGACGCGGGAGUCGGGGCGGACGAGCACGACCGGCUCUUCCACGGGCUCUACAUCGGCGAGAACCCCACGUCCGGCGCCCGGGCGCAUCACGUGCUGCGGCUCAACCUUGCGCCAAGCGCGAGCGUGGGCGCGUCGUUCGACAUGCAGGCAUUUCUGGAUGAUGCGGUAGAUGACGCCCUGGUGGACUUUGUGGAACGGUACAAUCUCGCAGUGCAGAGGGAGCGGCCAUUUGAGAUGCGGGACAUCAAGCGUGUCGUCGGCGCUGUGGGCCGGGCGGGCGGGCGGGUAAUGGUGCUCAUCGACGAGUACGACCGGGUGGCGAACGAACUGAUGGUGAAGGAUAAGGACGCUUACGCGCGGAGCGUGAUGGGCGUGUCGGGCGAGGAGGCGUCGUCGCCGCUGCGGUCGCUCCUGACAACGUUCAAGAUGGCCCAGGACCGGGCGCCAGUUACGCUCCUCAUGACGGGGCUCACACCCAUUGUCCUGGCCGACGUGUCGGCGUACAAUGUGGCGCGCAACCUGACGCUCCGCGAGGAGUUUGGGGACUUUUUCGGGUUCACGUCCGGGGACAUCGAGCGCGGGCUCACAACGGCUGGGCACGGGUCGGGUGAUAUUGCUGCGGCGCUGGCGGUGAUGCGCAAGUGGUACAACGGGUACCUGUUCCCUGGCGCGUCGCAGCGGGUGUUCAACCCGCAGAUCUCGCUCCACUUUAUGGACUUGUUCACGUCGAGUGCCAGGGUCAAGGAAGCGACGCUGCGAGGCGUCAUUGCACCGGACGACUUGGUGUCGCGAAACCUGCGCGUCACAGAGUCCAUGCUGAGCGUGCUGGCGACGAGCCGUGCUGGUGCCGGACCGCUCGCCAAGCUCCUGGGCGGGGACGCGACGUACACGCUUGAGGGGCGCGUAGUGGACGAGUUCCGCUUCUCGGACCUCAUGCGGUGGAACCUGGAGGGUGUAGAGUCCGAGUCGGAGGACAAGUUCUGCUCGUACCUCUACUACCAUGGCGCGCUGACGUUCGCCGAGAAGCCAGGGAUGCUGCCGCCGGACAAGCUGAGCAUCCCGAACGAGCUCGUGCGGCGCGAGUUCUGGGAUGCGCUUCCGAAGCGGCUUCGCGACGCGGUGCUCAAGACGCUCGACGCGGCGUUUGCGGCCGGGCCGCAGGCUUCGGCCGAGCUGUGGGAGGACAUCUUCUCGGCGCUGAACGAGCGUAGCGCGGCGGGCAUUGCGGACACGUCGAGGGUCGACGAGCAUGCGUUCCGCGGGAUGCUGUUGUGGAUGACGGGCAACGAGGCAGUGAGUGUGCAGACCGAGGUCGCGGCGCCCCGGCAGAGCUCGGAAGGUGCGGGCACGGGCCGGGUCGACCUGGUGGUGGAGCAUGUCAAGUCGCCGACGCGGUUCGUGAUCGAGCUUAAGCGCGUGAAGGGGAGCGGGCCCAAGGCGCUCGCGGGGGCCGUCGAGCGUGCUGCCGAACAGGUGGCCGACUACGACUUGUCGGCGGUUCCAAAGGCCGCGCACGUGACGCACGACGUGCGGCUCGCGGUGGUGCUCGCCGACGACGAUGUGGUCGUGCGCGUGGUGGGCGAUGAGGAGUAG